UGGUUAUUCAUUUACUAUUUCUUGCGCGCUGUUAAAGCUACACUUCUUAUAGAGGGUACCUUACGUGUCAAAUAAUAGUGAAUUUUCACUUUGUCUGAUAUACAUCACCAUGGAGAUCAUGGAAAUGAAUGGAGAACUAGAGACUCUUCGUGACGAGGCUCACAGACGUCCACACCAGCAGGCCGACCCCCUGAACAUGAACCACUACGCUAACAAGAAGAGCGUGGCAGAGAGCAUGCUGGAUGUAGCCUUGCUGAUGGCCAAUGCUUCACAGCUGAAGGCCGUCAUGGAGGAGGGGUCCGAUUUUACCUUUUUCUAUGCGCUAAUCGCGCUUAUCAGCAUCUCCCUCACCCUUCAGAUCUUGGUGGGCAUCCUCCUCAUCUUCAUUGUGAAGUGGGACCUUAAUGACGAGAGUAAGCACCACAAACUGAAUGUCCUGGAGAACCUCACCACAGCGCUGGUCUUCCUCAUUGUGGUGGUGAACAUCUUCAUCACGGCAUUCGGUGUCCAGAAACCCACAGGACGGUCAGACGUGGGGCGAGCUGUCUGACCAUUUAGCCAAUGUGUGUUUCCAUGACUCUCCCUAAUUCAGCAAGGUCCUUCUUGUUCUGCCUCUUUACAAGAACUAAUGGAGAACAGAGUCUGAUUUCAGCAGAGGAUGGAAUGACUUAUCACAAAAAACAACGUCACACAUAUUAUGGACUGCCACACUGAUUGCUUUUCUUGCUUUUUCUACUCUUAGAAAAAAAUAUUGUCAGUGGUAUUUUUCAUUGUUUGCAUAUCAAGACAUCACAAUUACUUUGAUGGUUUCAAAUAUUUUAUAUAAUGUCUGUGAAGCAAUGCCUACUUAGGUUCUUCUACAGUAGCAAUCAUAAACGUUAAAUACCAAGUAGGCCCAGGAUCACAGCAACCCUGCAUAGGACAAGUAGGUAUAGAAAAUGGAUGGAUGGAUGGAUGGAUGGAUGGAUGGAUGGAUGGAUGGAUGGAUGGCGAUACCAUGAAGUACUUUAUAACCGUUUGUCAUUACCUCUUGUUGAAGCUUUGUAUAAGAAUAAUUCCUUUUAAUGGAAAAUAACUAAUGUAUACUCAGUUGCUAAAUCACUUUAUAUAUCACUUUGCAUCAAUACAACAAUAUAAUUAGCAUUUUGAAAAGCAUUACAUGAGAAUUACAUGUAGUAAAUACAUUUUUUGUAAAAUUGAGUCAAACUAUUUACGCCUAAAUAUUUACAGUAUUUAAAAGAUUUUGUGUAAUCUCUUCAGCCUAUUCAAAUGGCAUAUAAUGUACUUAAAGUUAUUUCAUAAAGUUUAUACGAGAUUUGCAUCAUGCCAUUUAGACUCCAUAUUUAUAUACCCAGAAUGAAUAUAAUAGGUCUACACAUUAGUCACAUAUUUCCAAAACAGAGAUUCAGUUUACCAUAUAAACAUUCAAGUUCCCAAACGAGCUUGAUGGGCCGAAUCGCCUCCUCUUGUUUGUAAAAUUCUUAUGUUUUUAUGUUCUUAAGUUUAUUGUCAUAUGUAUUAGAAAUACAAUGAAAUACUUGUGCUCGUUCUCUCUCUACCUUACAUACAGUAAAAGCCCUACAUAAAUGGAAAUGAAUAAAAAUAAUAGAAUAGACAAUCCCUAUAAGAUUAAAAAUUCUCACAUUACACAUCCACUGCAUCAGUAAUUACAAAAAUCUGUAUAGUAAAUACUGUACUGCAAUUAUGAUAAAAACUUGACAAUGAAACAUAUGCAGUAAAACAUAUUUUUUGGUCUAAUGAAUAUGCCAGAGGAGAGUAGCUAAUCCCUGCUCAAAUUCAUUAAAUGAAACAGGUGCUAUAAAGGGGACUCAGGAUUCUGCAAAUUUAGUAACAAAGCUGGUAAGUUGGUGAUUGUGCUAUUACCAGGACACAGUCUCCCUCUAGUGGUGACAUUUUCAUUAAACAAUUUUUAUUUUUUGGUACUAUGUAUUAUCAGCAUAGAAUAAAAAGCAAACUAUG